AUGUAUGUGAAAUGGGUUGAAACAGCAAUGUUUUACUAUGUGAUUUUAGUGUAUUUAUUGAAUGUUACUUUUUGUCAUUUUCAAAUUUCCCACCGUUCCGUCCCUGUACGUCCCGACGCACCCAGAUGACAGAUGUCGGCAUCUGCCGGAUUACAUUGCCGGGGCCACUGCAGGAGGGACAUCGCGGGAGCGCAGGACAAGGUAAGAGAAGAACAGAUCCCGGAUCAGCGUUGCAUGGUAUUCCCGAGUGUAGUUCGGGGUUACCGCUUGUGCUACACUCGGGAAUACCGCCAGGGGGGUUA